UCCAUUACAUAUCUCUCUUUCUCCAUCGUGUAUCUGCAACAAAAAUGGCAUCCAGAUGCAGCAGAAUUUUCCAGCGAUCUUCUGUUUCUGCCCUAAAAUCGGCCAUUUCGAAGCCAGCUUCUUCUUCUCUUAACAGAUCAGCCACCACUCCAUCCAAGAGACCCUCUCUAUUUUCAAGUCCAGUCGCCUCUCCCCUUCACCGGUUCUCUCUCUCAAGGGCGCCGGCGGAGUUGGGAGGUGUGGCGUCGUUGCUGCCACUGCACAGUGCGGUGGCUACAGCGAGGAUGACAUCGUGCCUGAGCUCAUCGUCUAGGAGUUGUCGGGCUCUUUCUCAGGGCACAUGAGUUUCCAAAUGCUUGAAAGAAACACAAGAAAUGUACAAGGUCUUCCAUUACAAUUCAUUAAAUUUCAGUCAUGUAUGGAUGCUUGGAUUAAUGUACUAAAGCAACUAGUUAUUAGUAUUGAAGUGAAAGAUGAUAAAUUCUUUUCUCUUACCAAUCUAAGUACCUGCAUGCUAUGAUUUUAAAAACAGAGAAUAAGAUGCAUCCAUUUUUAUGUGGUAGUAUAGAGCUUUUAAUAAUUUGUUUCUGUGAUAUUCUUGGUCGGAUGAAUUGAAAAUUGAGAAUAAUGAGAUGUGGAGAGUGGAGUUAAGAUUUCUAUUUGUGUGUUUGUAGUUCAAUAGGUAUUUGAUGCUCAUGAGUGUAAUUAUUCUUGCUCGUCUCAUAUUUGAGUUCAAUGUGAUUAGUGGAUUAGAUUUUUUUAGUCUUAAUUCAUUAUAUAGUUUCUCUGAUGCCUGAGUAAUGUGAUUGAUAGAUUAGAUUUGUAUAGUUUGAAUUCAGUCGUGCACCCCAAUCAUUAAUCUUGGGAGCCAUUUAGUGGCUGUAGAAAACUGCUGUCGACUUAGGCUCUUGUAAUGGAGCAUAGCCUAAUAUUGGGGCCAUACAUUGUUGGAAUGAAGUUAAAGGUUUACUUCAGAGGAAGUCUAUUUCAGAAGUUCAUCUGUGAACCACUUGUGCUUUCUGAAAAUGUUCACUCAAUUUGCUAUUUGAAAGUAUACCCAACUUCCGUUCCAUUGAUUCAUUCCGAAUGUCAACAGGAACUCCUAAACUUGCUACUUAGGGCAAGCAUUUUUAAGUUACAGGCUACAUUUCUCAGCUCUUGAAUCGGUCUUGUUAGUUACUUUCCCUGUCAAUUGUGUGCUGGGUUAACAAACGUGGUAACAUCAGCUCUCCUUUUUCCAGAUGAAACUGAUGGAACGUGAGAAAUUUACCCAGAGGUGUGGCUUAGUCAUCUGCUCUAGAGCCGCUUCUGAAGAUACUCUCAAUACUUAUAUAUCAUGUCUUGAUAGUCAACUAAGUGACCAUUGCUACAUAUUGGGCUAGUUUUUGUACGUACCUCAAAUGGAGACUAACUUCUGUUCAUCAAUCUGAUUUUUUUAUAUUUGACUAGCACGUUACUUGUAGUGUUUCAACAAGUGUAUAAAUGAUACUAUGUCAUUCUUAUUAUAUUUGCGAGGUGUCUCCUUGUUUUGAA